GCUCUCUGUUACUCUGCCUUUCAAAUAAAUCAAUCUUUGGGAAUAAGAAAAAUGCUGUUGGCAGUGGGGUGAGCCAGUGCACAGCGGCCCCCAGGGCUCACCUCUUGAGGAAGCAGGAACCACAAGAGGCCGCCCCGCCCCACCCUGCUGACGCACAGACCCUGAACUGAAACCAAGGCUCCUGCAGCCAGCUCGGCACAGCCCGGAGGGAGGGCCGGGGCCACCCAGGAGUCUCCCAGUUCCCCCUCGGCCACCGGCCACCGGCCUCCUCCCCGUCGUCCUCCGUGCCAGCCCAGCACCAAGUGAUGCCGGGGACAAAGAAAACAAAGCCAAGCACGAGACCAAAGAGCCUAGCUCCAGGUCCCUGGGCAGCAGAAACAGCCAGGUAACGUCCCCCCGACCCUGGGGCAGCCAUGACAGAGGCCAGAAAGCUGCCUCCCCCGCUACCCCCACGUCUGGACUGGUUCGUGCACACCCAGAUGGACCAGCUGGCCCAAGACGGGGUCCCCGCGUGGUUCCAUGGCACCAUCUCAAGAGAGACCGCCGAGAACUUGCUGGAGUCACAGCCGCUGGGGUCCUUUCUCAUCCGGGUCAGCCACAGCCACGUGGGCUACACCCUGUCCUACAAAGCCCCCGGCUGCUGCCGCCACUUCAUGGUCAAGCUCCUGGACGACGGCAGCUUCGUGAUCCCCGGGGAGCAGGUGGCCCACGCCUCGCUGGGCGCCCUGGUCACCUUCCACCAGCAGCACCCGGUCCAGUCGCGUGCGGAGGAGCUGCUGACACAGCCCUGCGGGCAGGAGGAUCCAGAAAACGUGGACUACCAAGAUCUCUUCAUUUACUCCACCGCCCUGGCGGAGGACGCUUGCCGCUCCGCCCACGGCCCCGGCGACCGUCGGCCCACGGACAGCAAGCCAUCGGCAGAGACGGACCGCGGACCCAGCCGGGAAGCCCCUCUCGGGGAGGCCCGGCAGGGGGUCUGGAGGAACCUCAAAGCGCUGCCCCAAGCAGGCAAGAGGCUCCAGGAGCAGCUGAGGUCCCGCCUCUCGGCUGUGAGCUUCUCGUCGCUCCGGGACCCCGGGCGGACAGCGGCGACCCAGGGCUCCGGGGCCAGCACAGGCAGACAGGGACACUCGGGACACCCGGCCCGGGCGGGCAGUGUCUCCUCCUCGGUGGCCACACCCCUGAAAAGCCCCUCACAGCCCUCGAAAGACAGAGAUGCCCCCUCCAGGAAGGCCACCAGGUCUACGAGCUGGAGCGAGCCAACGCCGAGGCACCGCGGCUGGCACCACGCGGCCGUGAGGGCGCUGUCCUCCCACGGGUCCGAGCCGCGGCCGGGGGACUUGGAACAGCCCGAGGACUGGCUCCCCGAGGAGUACCGCCCGCCGCCGCCCUUUGCCCCGGGGUACUGCUAGAGGAUGGGGCGAUCUUGGCUCCGGGCCCCUGCCGCUGGGGGGCCAGCCUCAGCCCUGAGCCUCCCCUCCCCGCUCUCUCCAGUCCCCAGGGACCAGGGACACUAAUAAAGGUGCUUU